AUGCCAAGAGCGGCUCUUGACGUAAUGCAACUAAAAACUAUCAAAACACUGUAUGAUUACGAGCUGCAGCUGACAAGAAGAGGCACUCCUGCUACAGAUGUGGCAGAUCUUGCAAAAGGCAUUAUUAAAAUGGAACCUAAACUAUCUGUGGCGGUUGUGAGGAGCGAGGACGCCAACGACCGCGACCUGAAAUUUAAAGGUCCUAAUACGAAAAUGUCGGCAUAUGACUCUCACGCUUACUUUACAGGGAAUGGGACGUACAAAUCUAUAAAUCCGAUUAUUUCUAAAGUGGGUGACUUCACACCGUUCUAUAUUACUAUAGCGAUCUGCUCUGUGAUCUUGGGUUGUCUCCUUAUUCUCAACUUUGUUUGCUGCUGCUCUAAGUAUUCUGAAUAUUGGCUGGACCGACACACUGGUAAUCGCUGGGUGGUAUCUAUUUGGUCAGCGACUCCACACAAGCAGCCCCCUCUGGACUUCACUGAGCUGGAAAGCCAGUAUCAGCAGGUGCAGUACAUCCACCCUUACCACAGUGAAGACUACCAAGACGUUCAUCACCACUCUGAAAUUCCUGCUUCUAUCUCGCGGCAACCUUUAACUACCUCCCAGGAAUAUUUAGAAUUACAUAAGCGGGAGAGUGACAUC